AUACCCACGUGCUAUUGUAUUGGCUAAAAGAAGAGAUGGCGAAUGGUUCUCCUUCCUCGGGGCUUGAUAGACUCCUCUCAGGAAGGAGCAGUGAGUUCAGAUGGUACAUACGCCGUUCUCACAAGCUUAAGGUCGCCACCAAACUCUCAGAGAUGGUCACAGCAGCGCUGACCCUGGGGACAGACCCCACUCUGCUGGUAGACCUGCAGCCAUUGCUCCAAUGGAUCUCUCCUCCAGUAUGUGAGGACGCCAUUAGUGAGACUCUACUAGGAGAGAGACUCACUCGUUUCGUGCUAGGAAUCCGCUCCCUAGCCUGUGACCCUGUCUUCCUAAUCCCUCCAGCCCAUGGGUCCCAGCUAACUGACUUCAAUCUCCUCCUGUCAGUUUUAAAAGACGAUUAUAUUCACAAGCUCUCCAUCUAUUCUGAUUACCGGAGAUUCCGUUACACCAACGACUCCAUUAACCCUUUAAUCCACCGACAGAUAUUCCAGACACUUCUCUCUCUUGGUGUCACCGUUAUCCAGUGUAUUGAUCAUCCUCUGGUCGAGGUGUAUCGGUUCUUUGAAAAGGGCGGAGUUUGUGGAAUCCUCUCCGAUAACCCUGACUUUGCGCUUCUUUCUGAAAUUAGAUUCAUUGAUUUGCUGGACUUUGAUCUUGAGCGAGCGUUAAAGAGAGUCAUUGUUCAUGAGACUGAAGAGAAAGAAGCUGCCCUCAUUAAAGUAUAUGAGGUCCAUUACUUCUAUACAACUCUUGAGGUGUUACUGGGGCAGCUGAAUUUAUCAGUAGAGCAGCUAAUUGAUGCAGCCCUUCUGUCUGGCAAUGGAUACACUUCACACCUCAACUCUCUUUAUAAAAUGGACUCCUACAUUAACUUGAAGACUAGCAGCAGGAGCAAGGACAGGCAAUUUGAAGAUGUUUGCAGUUUUGUUCGUAUUGCUGACUCAUCACCUUUAUUUGAGUUACAUGAAGAUCUUGUUCAUGUGAUGGAUACCGUCCCGUGUUACAAUGCAGCUGUAUCUCGGUCAGUCUCUCUAUAUGUUAAUACUGUAGGCUCCUCCCUCCCUCCUCCUGCUGGUAACUCAAUGUUGUUCUGGGUAGUUAAGAUGAUUUCACUCAAUAAGCUCUCAAAUGUCAUUCAUUCAUUAGUUCAUUCAGGUGUCUACUGGAAGCCUCCAUUAUUUGAAAGCAUUGCUGUCGGUCGAGUAUCAAUCCAUGACCUCCUCCAGCCCGUGAGGCUCUCUCUCUACCGGCUCUUAGGAUUGGACUCUGUGACCGAGUAUGGGAGCACUUCCCAGAGAACCUUCCAAGAGACUAAAGUUAAAGUUCGUACGGACGAGAACCGAAGGGAUCCUGAUGACAUCCUCCAGUUUAUACUGGACCUGGGGGACAGGCCUGCUGUGGAAAGGGUAGGAGUCAUGUUUAAUCUUUUGAUUAAUGGAGCCUUAGAAGUAAAGAGAAUCCAAUUAAGUGAAUCAUUAAUUAAUCUAAAAGAGGAGACACUCCUCCAUUAUUCAGUUGUAGCGUUGUCUUUAUAUUUAUACGGACGUCACGUGUCUCAGUCACCCGGUGAAGUGGAUGGACUGGUAGAGUUCUCCCUAGCAGAGGCACUGGGUUUCAAUGGUACUCUAAUCACUGAGAGACCCAAUGAGAGAGCACUGACGAUAUCUGUUUGGUUCUCACACACACUGGACACUCUUUGUCAUUUUUGUGACAUCCUUUCUCUCUCUGGCUCUCUCCCUGACCCUCUCUCUCUCUUCAAACCUUUAGCAGCUGCUCCUGUAAUAGAGUCUCAUUUAAACUCGCACUCUCCUAAUUUCACUAACUGCUCUCUUAAUGGCUCCUGCUCCCUCUCACUCCUUCCUUCUGUUAAGUUACUAAGAUCUUCUUGCUCUACCUCCAGUAAUGGCAGUCUCAGCUCAGUGUCCAGUCCUCUAUAUAUUGUAGAGCUGUUUGUUCAAGCGUUGAAUGAGGUACGGGAGUCAGGGCUUAAAAGUUGCUGCUCUUUAGACAGGAGGAGAUGGAGAGAAGUGCAACAAACAGGAGAUAAAAAUGGUGUCUCUAAAGAAGCUCUUAACUCCAGAACAGCUCCUUGUUCAUCAGAUUCAAGGACAGCUGGUCCGUUAUCUAUUAAUGAGCACCAGGACAGGAUCAUCAGUACUAUAUACAGUCACACUGUUACCUGUAUCGUGGGGGAGGCUGGGUGUGGCAAGUCCAGUAUGGUUCCUCAGUUUAUUUUUGAUGCUGUCCCCUCUUCUAAUAUUAUCAUUGCUCAGCCUCGUUGCAUAGCAACCAUGGGUCUCGCUAAGAGGGUAUCGUCCCAGAGAGGUGAGGCCUGUGGGGGUGUGGUCGGGUAUUGUGUGGGUGGACAUAAAGUGGUUUCAAAAAGGACAGCCAUCACCUAUUGCACAGCUGGAUACUUACUGAAGAAGCUCUCCUACCAUCCCCUUCAGAUCAGGAAGUAUUCUCACAUUAUUUUGGACGAGGUUCAUGAGAGAUCCAUUGAUGCUGACUUCAUUUUGCUGCUGGUCCGUAAACUAGUCAAAGAACUGUCGCCAUCAACUAAAAUAGUCCUGAUGUCAGCCACAAUGCAGGGCCCCCUCUUCACUAAUUACUUUAAGGAGGUUUUUGAUAAAGUUUCAGAACCUAUUUUUGUUGGCGCUAGAUGCUGCAAAGUCGAAGAAUACUUUGUCGAUCAACUUCCUUGGCUUUUAGAGACCACACCCACUUCAGAACUGAGUAAAGAGCAGGUAUUUUGCAGUCGAGCCAUACAGCUGUACUGUCAAGAUGUCAAUCGCCUAUCACUGACAAGAGACACCAAUCCUCCAGUGAUUAGUCCCCCUAUGCAGAUGCUUUGUUGUGAGCUUAUCGUCUAUUGUUCUGUUAAAGGUACAGCUAUGCUGGUAUUCCUGCCAGGGAUUAAUGAAAUACUGGACUAUCAUGAGAUAUUGACACAAGAGCUUCAGAAGAGAAAUAUAGAGGAAGAGUACAAUAUCUAUGUCCUUCACUCCCAGGUAUCUAUUGAAGAACAAUACCAGAUCCUCUCACCUCCACCUCCCAAUAAAACUAAUGUCAUCCUUUCUACCAACAUUGCCGAGAGCUCUCUCACAAUCCCGGCUCUACGAGUCAUUGUUAAUUUUGGUAUCUCCAAGGUUCCUUGUUACAAUCACAAGCAGAAGAUGACUUGUCUGGUUCGGUCCUGGUGCUCCAAGGCAGCCUGUGCUCAAAGGAGUGGGCGGGUGGGACGAGUGUCUGAAGGGAUAGCAAUACACUUGUUCCCUAGUUCAUUCUACCAUCAUGUCCUCUCAGAUUAUAACCCAGCAGAAAUGCACACCACUCCCCUUGGUAAGCUCCUCCUUCGGGCGAGACAGUUAGGAGAGGAGAUUGGUGUAACUAGGCCCUCCAUUCUAUUGAAGCAGACUAUAGAGCCUCCGUCAUUGCUACAGAUUGAGUAUGCUUUACAAGAGCUAGUAUCAAUAGGGGCCAUUGUGACUGAUCUUAAUUACGAACUAUCAGAAGUAGCUGAUAUCACUAUACUGGGUCAGUUCAGCCUCUCUCUCCCUCUAGACCUUGAACUCUCUCGGCUCGUGUUUCUCGGACUAUACUUUGGGUGUCCAGUCGAAGCUGUUGUCAUAGCAACAAGUAUUUCGCUGUCCCAUGAUCCAUUCCUAAUGCCAUCCAAAGUGUUCAUAAAGUCCCAGGACUCAUUCAAGGAGGCACUGGCAGAGAGUACGGCCUCUCGUUUUAAAUACGAUGAUGAUAGAUACAGUGAUGCACUAAUGAUCUGUUCUGUGUUCAAGGAAUGGUGUAGUUAUUAUUAUCAUAAGUAUUCCAGUAAAGGUUGGUCAUACUGCAAGUCAAUGUCACAUUUCUCAGCUAAGAAUUCACUCAGCUAUUACCGCUUCUCCCUACUCCUGACACUGGUAUCCUCAACUGCUGAUAAAUUACUUGAUUCAAUUCCAAUUGGUUCGGAUCACUACAAGUCGAUUGAUUCUGUAGCAAAGUUGACACGAGACCCUCCAAGAGAUGAGAUCUCAUUCUGUGAGAAUGACUCCAUUGUCCUUGCUCUGGUUGUGGCCUCCUUUAUAGACAGCGUCUUGAUUGGUAAGAGAAGGAUUGACAGUUUCCUCCAGCAGGAGAGAAAGGUGGCCAGACAAGCGAGAGACCUCAUUGACUUCUCUCACAUGAACCAAAAGGCAUCGUUGGUCACGAUGUGUUCAAAGAAUGUCUCUCAGAACACGCUCAAGUCGACCGUUUCAUCAAUCCUACCACCACCUUGCUCCCUUGAAUUCAUGAUAUCCUCUGGAAUGGGUGUGGUUCAAGUCAAGGCUCCACCCCCUAACAUGACGAUAGAGCAAUCUUUGUUGUUUCUGUGGCAAUUUUGUGAGAGACGCCAUCGCUGGAAGACAGAAGAAGGGUCUGUCCCUCUCUCUGCUCCUUUCUCUCCUUUUGAAGUCUCAUGGUUCAGGUUCAACUCAUCCUAUGAUAAGGUGUUUACUCCGGUUUGGAGGAACCGCUCCAGUUUUGUUGUCAAUUAUUCAAAGUCUCCGCCUCCUUUUUUGGGCGUGGCCACUAACAUUACCGGCGGGGAAGUUACAGGUACAUGUAAAGGGCGUGGCCUCACUCUCCUCCCCUCACUUAGAGACAGUAAAAUGGCAGCUAUACUAUUACUGGCAUUCCAGUCAUUCCAAUCCUCCAUUCAGCUCUGUACCAAUGGGGAAGAGAUCACUGCAUUUAAGAUUAAUUCAGUUGAACUGGAUUUUAAGGAAUGGCAGAAGAUCCUACCACAAGAUCUUAAGAUAAUAAAUAAACUUAGAACUGAACUCUCUAUUCUUCUCUCAAAGACAGAUCCUAGCCUUCAGCUUCCAUUAAGAGAAAUGAAACAGAUUCAACAUCUUUUAUCAAUCAUAGCAGAUAUUGAUUCAUGUCCUACACUAACUGAAGACACUGUGAUCCAGUCUGAUUGCUUCACUGAUGAUUCUAACCAUCAGCCAUUCUAUCCUCUCCUCAAGUGCUCACUGAUUGACUGCUGUGAACCUAAUAAAGACAAUAUUAUUAUUGUCAGUCGAAAUAUUGAUGAUGAGGAGAAGGAGGAUGUCUGUAAAGAGAAGCUUGGCAGUUGUGAUAAAGAAGGUGCAGUUGUAAGAGGAGGAGGAAGAGUACAGGUUCAUAAUGGAGGCAUGGAAGUUAAAGAAAGGAUUGAUAGUAAUAGAGAAAUCAGAAAAGAAAAGAUUGACACUAAAGGUGAAAAUGACAAAGUUACUGUACAGUGCAAACCCAAGCCUCCUUCAAUUGAAGGCGAUAGAAUAACAGCUAAUGGAGGAACCACUCCUUUAACAGCUAAUGGAGGAACCACUCUAGUAAGAGCUAAUGGAGGAACCACUCCUUUAACAGCUAAUGGAGGAACCACUCUAGUAAGAGCUAAUGGAGGUACCCCUCUAGUAAGAGCUAAUGGAGGAGCCACUCCUUUAACAGCUAAUGGAGGAACCACUCUAGUAAGAGCUAAUGGAGGUACCCCUCUAGUAAGAGCUAAUGGAGGAACCACUCUGCUAACAGCUAAUGGAGAAACCCCUCUACUAACAGCUAAUGGAGGAGCCCCUCUACUAACAGCUAAUGAAGGAACCCCUCUGCUAACAGCUAAUGGAGGAACCCCUCUACAAACAGCUAAUGGAGGAGCCCCUCUAGUAAGAGACUGUAUUUCUGCUGAUACUGUUCUGACUAGUAAAUAUCAGGACACUAGCUCUGGCAGCAGUAAAGUUGAGUCUUCUUUCUUGAAUCCACAGGCUGUUAGCUUCAGUCCUGCUAUGAAUGUCCUUCCAUCACAUAGUCUCCUUCUCUCUAUCUCUUCAAACUCACAUGGGCCUCUUCUUCCUCCCCCUCCCCCUCCCCCUGGGUUACCCCCAGGGUUACGGCCACUAGCUCCAAUUCAUCACUUUCCUUUACCUCCUGGCUUCACUCCAGAAGACUGUGUUCCUAAGCCAUUGCUUCUAAACUAUGCACCUUUUAAAGCCAGUGAAUCUGUUUCUUCAUUGAUUGAGAAGCAAGUCCUUGAUAUUUUAUUAAGAAAUGGCCACAGGGCCAUUUACUAUAAUGAUCUCCUUAGAGAUGUCUCUUUGUCACGACUGCUCCAAACCCUCAGAAUGAACCUGCCACUGCAGUUCUUAGUAGAAAGGUCUCAGUUAUUUCGUGUGGUGUUGGUUGAUAAAGGGUUUCUGGUGUCUGCAGUGGUGACAUCAUAGAUUUAUAAUCUGCUCCUCCUGUAUUGCUGUUAGUGAUUUGAGUUGAUUCAUUUCUUUAUGCUGCUAUUAUACCAAUCACUUGUCCUAUUAAGUACAUAUAUAACCUUUUCAUUUAUCAAUGCAUUAUCAUCAUAUCAUACUAAUCCUCCAUU